CUAACUACCAUUCUCCUUCGUGGAAACAAACUUCUAAUAAAUUUUCUAGGCAUAGGUAUAGCUGCUAGUUGCAGCCUACUUAAAGCAGGAAAUUGAUCAAACACACUGGCAUAGAAGGAAAAAUUAUUAGGUGGUCUUGGGGCACCGCCACGUCGUGCCCCCAUUCUCUUCUUCAACAAACAUUUCAGUGGUGCGUCCUAUGUUUAUGGACCCAACAGAAAUCAUAAAUAUGUGCCGGAAGACCUCAUAAUGUGCCAGGAGAAAGUGGUACAAGAAGCCGUGGUGUGUGGUGGGGAAGGGUGUUGGGGCACCGCUGAACAAUUGCUUGGCAUAGAAGUAUAGAACCACUUACACCCAACGCUAAGAGAAUAAGGGAUAGGCAGAACUAGCCAGCGAUGUCGAUCUACAUAUUUUGAGCUUUCCAGUGAUUUUUAGGGACUUGUAACAGUUUUUCACGUUUAUUGCAUCACUGCAAUGGAAAAUGACACUGCCAGACAAUCCUUGCUGCCGGCAUUGUUAGAUCGUACUCCUCAGACUACUAACAGUGACGUACCCAAGAUAAGGAGAUACCGCCGCUGUAAAAGUGCUCCUUUACCUGAACAUGUUACUCCAGAAAUAAAUGGCAACAAAUCACUUCCACGGUCUGAAUCCUUUUUCAAUAAAAUCCAUCCAAGUUUUAGAAAAGUAGCCAUUUGUUUAGUCAUCUACCUUGGCGUAGGCACAAUCUGCUUCUACCUUGUCAGGAACCAGAUUGUGGGGAAGAAAACCAAUGGAAUUCUUGAUGCUGUUUAUUUCUGUGUUGUGACAAUGACAACCGUUGGAUAUGGUGAUCUCGUGCCCAACGGGACCCUUUCAAAACUCCUUGCCUGUGCUUUUGUAUUCACAGGGAUGGCUCUAGUUGGACUUAUUCUUUCCAAAGCAGCAGACUACUUAGUAGAGAAGCAAGAAACGUUGCUGAUUAGUAAAACAUUACACAUACAUCAACAACUCGGUAGGACAGAAAUGUUAAAGGAGCUUGAAAAAAACAAAGUGAGGUACAAGUGCUUUAUGAUGCUUGCCUUUUUGUUGGUGCUUAUAGUUGUUGGGACAAUCUUCCUUGCGACUGUUGAGAAGCUGGAUCUUGUUGAUGCCUUUUAUUGCGUGUGUUCUACAAUCACAACUCUGGGUUAUGGAGAUAAAAGCUUCUCAACAGAGGCAGGGCGUGUUUUCGCCAUAUUUUGGAUUUUGACAAGCACUAUAUGUGUUGGUCAAUUUUUCUUGUAUCUUGCUGAGCUAUAUACUGAGAGGAGACAAAAGGCAUUGGUCAGGUGGGUUCUUACAAGGAGAGUGACUAAUGUGGAUUUGGAGGCAGCUGAUCUUGAUAAUGAUGGAGUCGUUGGGGCUGCCGAAUUCAUAAUAUAUAAGCUGAAAGAGAUGGGGAAGAUUAAUCAAGAAGACAUCGCUCUCGUGAUGGAAGAGUUUGAAGAUCUUGAUGUCGAUCAGUCAGGAACUUUGUCUUAUUCCGAUAUAAUGCUUGCCCAGUCAUCGCAAACCGGGAGGUGAGAAAAACAAUCUCUAAAGAGGUAGCUUUGAGGAAAAGGUGACCUGAUUGUACAUAUGCGCGGAACUUAAAUUAUGUGAAUUGUGCCUUCUUAAGUUUGUAUAUUCAUCUUCUGGCAAUUACAUUACUCCUUGGUUGCAACUAUGCCUGAUUUGAUGUAAGAGUGCUGGCCUUUGAGAACUGUCGCAAUUUGUAUAUUUUGGAAACUGUUGCUAGGCGAGGAGAAUUGGAGAUGAACAUGUUUUAUUU